AUGAAUUUUGUUCGUCGAAUCAAACAAACAAUAAAUGAAUUGAAUUUCUUUGAAUUAGAAACAAUUCGUUUAGAAAAUUUUGAUCAACAAAAAGCAAUCAUAGCGACAAGGAUUUAUAUUAUACUUUUCUCAAUACUUUUAACAAUUCUGGUUACUUAUUUGACAUUACAAGGCGAAACUCGUACUAUCACUCUUAGUAAUCCAUUAGAAUCCGAUUUUACAACUCUUUUCAAAGAAUAUCCAAAUAGUUUAACAUGUCCAUGUCAACAAAUAACAAUUCCCUAUGAAAUAUUUCUGAAAAUAAUAGUUGAAUAUCAUCCAAUUUGUUCAAGUAUAUUUGUUAGUGAUGAUUGGAUAAAUCUCUUAUUUAAUUAUAAUAUGAGUUAUUUUUAUCCUCUUGAUUUUCGUUCAUCAUCUUUGGGACAAUUUCAAAUACUUUCAUCAUUAUGUUCACUUUCCAAACAAUAUCUUGAUGAACAUAUUCAAGAUUUACUUUCUGAUAGUUUUCUUACACCAAUAGCUCUUUCAUCACAAUUACUUGAUCAUCAAAGUCAAUCACAAAGUUCAUUCAUUCGAGCAUCCUCAACAAAUGCUUUUUUGCAAUUGUUACAAUUAAUUCGUAGUGCAACUUCUAUUGACGUGUUACAGAACGCUGCACAAACUGCACGACUUUCGCGAUCGCGGGUGAUCUAUGAUGGAUUAAUAACGACAACUCUGUAUAGCACCCAUUUUUCUGAUCGAAAUGGUACUAUUUGCGGUUGUGAUCUUGAAUCUACUUGCUCAUCAUCAUUUUCUGGCUUUUUUAAUUUAUCAGCUUAUGAGACUGUGCCUGUUGGAGACUAUACAUUCUCUCAAUCAUUGAUAACCAAAGUGCCAGGAUUUGUUGUUGGAUGUUAUGCACUUGAAUCACUUUUGAAAUCAUCACUUGAAUGUUUAUACGAUUUACAAUGCUUAAAUAUUAUAUUAAAUUUCUUUCCACAUAUCAAUAUAAACAAUAUUACUUAUCUAAAUAGAAAUAAAACAAAAUAUUUAAUUGAUACACUUGUUAAUGUACUUGUCGAAAAUUUAUUUAUUGAAAAUUGGACAAUUAAUAGUUCAUUUCAAAAUUAUUAUAAUAUGUGUGCACCUCUUUUAUGCACAUAUACAUUUAUUCAAUAUAAUAACAUAUUAUAUAUUAUAACACAAAUCUUAGGACUUUAUGGUGGAUUAGUUAUUGUUCUUCGUUUUAUUAUACCUUAUAUACUCCUCAAAUUUAAUAAACGUGUUCGUCAUGAAUCAACAGAAAUUACUCAAACUCGUUUGAUCGAUCGUUUUCGAAUCUUAUGUCAGUCAAUGAUUGAUCAUCUAAAACAAUUAAAUUUAUUUAAGAAAUUUGAUGCAACACGUAAUGAUCCUUAUGAAUUACAAACAUCACGUAUAGCUACUCGUUUUUUUCUCAUUGUCUUUCUUUUAACAAUGUGUAUUUUGGUAAUUUAUGUCCUCGUAAGUGUUCGUACACAAUCAUUCACUAUUUUACAACCAUCACAGAGUACUUUUGAAAAUCUACACAUGAAAUAUUCAAGUGAAGUGAAAUGUGCAUGUAAACAAUCAUUUAUUUCAUACGAAAGCUUUAUAUCUUUGUUACCCGAGUAUCAUCCAGUCUGUUCAAGUUUAUUUGUAUCUUCGGCUUGGCUAGCCUCACUUUCGUCUGCAAAUUGGUUGGAUACAUCUUUUAGUUUUAAGGAUUUUCGAGCAACAGGUAUAGUUAUUUUCCAAGUGAUUAAAACCUUAUGUUCGUAUGCUGAAAUAAUAAUAAGAAAUUCUUGGCAGAAUUUCAAACAAUCUCUAUAUGUUACCGAAUUUGCAUUGUCGAAAAGUGAAAUUAUUGAAGAGAUUCAAGGAAUAAUAAGUCAAUUUCAAUCAGGUACUAUUGCUGAUUUUAAACAAAAUUUGGAUACUAUUCGAUUACACACAAUAAAUACAUUGAGUACUAGUAUGGUAAAUGGUGGUCCUGGUUCUUAUAAAUUAUUGAAUACUACUGAUACUUAUAUUGAUUUUCAAUAUAUUUCAGCAGAUUGGGAUGAAUGUUCUUGUGCAUUGACUGAUGAUUGUAUUGUUCCAAUGGUAUUUUAUGAAUAUCCUAACUCACUUUCUCCUUAUUCACCUAUUCUCUUAUUCAAUGUUCCUGGAUUAUUCGUUGGUUGUUUUGCUAUCCGAUCAACUUUUCAUUCAUCACUUGAAUGUUUCUAUAAUGAAACUUGUCUAAGUACAAUUGAAACAAUGAUUCGUUCUAAUCGAUCUAUUAGUGUUGUUAGUCUGAAUCAAAGUCAAACUCGAUAUUCACCCAAUUCAUCUAUUGAAACAAUAUUUAAUGAAUUGAUUUUGGAAAAAUGGGGUACGAAAAUUGAAUACGAUCGUUAUUAUGAAGUAUGUGCUCCUAUUUCUUGUACUUAUACAACUAUAAAACAUAAUGAUCUCACAUAUAUUGUUACAUUUUUACUGGGUUUAUUUGGUGGUGUUUCCAUAUCAUUAAAAAUUCUUGUUUUAUUUCUCGUUCAAUGGAUACGAAAUCAAUCUCGAUCAAAUUUGAAUCCAUCGAAUUUGAACGAACAAAAUUUUCUUCAACGUUUCUCUCAAUUAAUAAAUAAAUUGAAGAUAAAAAUCCAAACACAUAAUAUAUUCGAAAGUGAAUUAUCAUGGUUUAAUGAACAACGUCGUCAAAAAGAAAUCCAAACUACUCGUAUUUAUUUUCUUCUUUUAUUAUUUCAUGUAAUUAUUCUCAUUAGUUUUACUUCAUUUUCUGUUUUAACAAAAUCUAUUACAAUUGAUUAUCCAACACAAUUAAUAUUCGAUAAUCUUCGAUUAAAUUCUCGAAUUUCAUCAACAUUAGAAUGUUUUUUGUCAACAAAUCAGUAUUUCAUAUAA